GAGGGCGGGGGCGCCGAGGGUCCGACUUGUAGUGCCAGAGCCGGAGCCGCGCGCCGGCCGCGCUGUUGGGGAGCGGGCCCCGCGGGGCCGGGCGGGAGCCGCGGCUGCGGAGCCUCGGGGCCGCCGCGACCAUGUCGGGCCAGGUGCCCCGCGUCCCCGAGGAGAUGUUCAAGGAGGUCAAGUACUACGCGGUGGGCGACCUCGACCCGCAGGUUAUUCAGCUUCUGAAAGCCGGGAAAGCGAAGGAAGUGUCGUACAAUGCGCUCGCGUCGCACAUCAUCUCGGAGGAUGGGGACAAUCCGGAGGUGGGAGAGGCCCGCGAGGUCUUUGACUUGCCUGUCGUCAAGCCUUCUUGGGUGAUCUUGUCCGUCCAGUGUGGAGCUCUUCUCCCAGUAAAUGGUUUUUCUCCAGAGUCGUGUCAGAUUUUUUUUGGAAUCACAGCCUGCCUCUCUCAGGUGUCGCCUGAGGACCGAAGCGCCCUGUGGGCGAUGCUCACCUUCCACGGGGGCGGCUGCCAGCUGAACCUCAACAGGAAGUGCACGCACCUGGUUGUUCCGGAGCCAAAGGGGGAGAAAUACGAGUGUGCUUUGAGGAGAGCCGGUAUUAAGAUCGUGACCCCCGACUGGGUCCUGGAUUGCGUCGCCGAGAAGACCAGGAAGGACGAAGCCCUCUAUCACCCCCGCCUCAUCGUCUACGAGGAGGAGGAGGAGGAAGAGGAGGAGGAGGAGGGGGCGGGCAAUGAGGAGCCGGACUCCCCGAACGAGGGCAGCACGGACGGGAAGUCCAGCCCGGCCAGCUCUCAGGAGGGCUCCCCCUCAGGCGAGCCGCCCUUCUCACCCAAGUCGAGUGCUGAGAAGUCCAAAGGGGAGCUGAUGUUCGACGACUCUUCAGACUCCUCGCCCGAGAAGCAGGAAAGGAACUUAAACUGGACCCCUGCGGAGGUCCCCCAGCUGGCGGCGGCGAAGCGCCGGCUGCCCACCAGCAAGGAGCCCGGGCUGAUUAACCUGUGCGCCAACGUGCCGCCCGUCCCCGGGGGCAUCCUGCCGCCCGAGGUCCGCGGGAGCUUGCUGGCGCCGGGCCAGAGCCUGCAGGGCCCCGAGAGGCCCGAGGUGAUGGCCGCCUGGAGUCCGGCCAUGCGGACGCUGAGGAACAUCACGAACAACGCCGACAUCCAGCAGAUGAGCCGCCCCUCCAACGUGGCGCACAUCCUGCAGUCCCUCUCGGCGCCGACGAAGACGCUGGAGCAGCAGGUGAACCACGGCCAGCAAGGCCCCGGGAGCGCUGUACUGCUCGGCCAGGUGAAGGUGGCCCCGGAGCCAGCCCCGGCGCCGCAGCCUGUCCUGCACCUGCAGCCGCAGCAGCUCCUGCAGCUCCAGCAGCAGCAUCUGGCGCAGCAGCCCUACCCGCCGCCUCCACCACACCCGUUCCCGCCGCCGCCGGCCCACCCGCACCAGUUCCCCCAGCAGCCCCUGCAGCGGCCCCAGCCGCCCCUGCAGCAGCAGCAGCAGCUCGCCCACCUGCAGCAGCAGCACCUCCAGCACCUGCAGCGCCUGCAGCAGAUGCAGCCGAUGCAGCCGACGGCGCAGCCGCCUGGCCCACCGGCCCAGGCCCUGCAGCCCCCACCACCUCAGGCGCAGGCACAGCCCCCACUGUUUGGACACGACCCAGCGGUGGAGAUCCCAGAAGAAGGCUUCCUACUGGGGUGUGUGUUUGCAAUCGCGGAUUAUCCAGAGCAGAUGUCUGACAAGCAGCUGCUGGCCACCUGGAAAAGGAUAAUCCAGGCGCACGGAGGAGCCGUGGACCCCACGUUCUCGAGCCGCUGCACCCACCUGCUCUGUGAGAGUCAGGUCAGCGGGCUGUUCGCACAGGCGAUAAAGGAGAGGAAGAGGUGUGUCACGGCGCACUGGCUGAACACAGUCCUGAAGAAGAAGAAGCUGGUGCCGCCCCAUCGGGCCCUGCACUUCCCCGUGGCCUUCCCCCCGGGGGGCAAGCCGUGCUCCCAGCACAUCAUCUCUGUGACGGGGUUCGUCGACAAUGACAGGGACGACCUGAAGCUGAUGGCGUACCUGGCGGGCGCCAAGUACACAGGCUACCUGUGCCGCAGCAACACCAUCCUCAUCUGCAGAGAACCGACUGGUUUAAAGUACGAGAAGGCCAAAGAGUGGCGGAUCCCAUGCGUGAACGCCCAGUGGUUGGGGGACAUCCUGCUGGGGAACUUCGAGGCCCUGCGGCAGACGCAGUACGGCCGCUACACCGCCUUCGGCCUGCAGGACCCCUUCGCCCCGACCCCGCAGCUGGUGUUGAACCUUCUGGAUGCUUGGAGAGUUCCGUUGAAAGUGUCAGCAGAGUUGUUGAUGGGUGUAAGACUACCUCCCAAACCGAAGCAGAAUGAAGUAACUAAUAUCCAGCCUUCUUCCAAAAGAGCCAGGAUCGAAGAUAUUCCACCUCCCACCAAGAAGUUAACCCCAGAACUGACCCCUUUUGUGCUUUUCACUGGAUUUGAGCCUCUUCAAGUUCAGCAGUACAUAAAGAAGCUCUACAUCCUGGGCGGGGAGGUCGCCGAGUCCGCACAGAAGUGCACCCACCUCAUCGCCAGCAAGGUGACGCGGACGGUCAAGUUCCUGACGGCCAUUUCUGUGGUGAAGCACAUCGUCACCCCCGAGUGGCUGGAGGAGUGCUUCAAGUGCCAGAAGUUCAUCGACGAGCAGAACUACCUCCUCCGAGACGCGGAGGCCGAAGUGCUUUUCUCCUUCAGCCUGGAGGAGUCCUUGAGGAGGGCCCACGCUUCUCCGCUCUUCAAGGCUAAAUACUUUUACAUCACCCCUGGGAUCUGCCCGAGUCUGUCAACCAUGAGAGCGAUUGUGGAGUGCGCAGGAGGCAAAGUGCUGUCUAAGCAGCCGUCUUUCCGGAAACUCGUGGAACAUAAGCAGAAUAAGAGUUUGUCAGAAAUAAUCUUGAUAUCCUGUGAAAAUGACCUUCACUUGUGUCGAGAGUACUUUGCCAGAGGAAUAGAUGUUCACAAUGCCGAGUUUGUUCUCACUGGAGUGCUUACUCAGACACUGGACUACGAGUCAUAUAAGUUCAACUGAUGCCCCUGCGCCGCUGCCAGGAGCCGCGGCCUACCCCGGCCACGCCCGCGGACGCCCUUGUUUUCCAGCUGCUUUCUUCGGGACAAGCGUUUCUAAAGCAGGAAGACAAAUAUAUUAAAUAUGUUGCAUCUUAUUUAAGAUGUGUAAUUUUAUUCUGAGGAAACAUAAAUUAUGUUUUGUAUUAUACGACUUUUAAGAGCCCACAUUAGGUUUUAUGAUUCAUUUGCCAGGUUUUUAACUGUUUUCACAACACUGUUAAUGGAACUUCAGCUGCAAAUAGAAAUGAUGUAAAUAAAGACCUUGCUAUCUCUAAAUUAUGAAUGUUGAAGAUUUGAAACGUUUUGUACUUUUAUUUUUAUUUCUUAUACUCUUUUCUUUUAUAUUGAAAUCUUGCCCACAUUUUAAAUAAAUGUACUUUUGAACUUUA